ACAGAGAUACGGAUUGGGUGUCUUGACUGUCUUCUGUCUUCUCGCUCGGCGGCGCAGAGGAGAUGAGAGCAGCAGAGACGAAGCAACAAGAGAAGAGAUGGCCAUGCCCACCUUCCACCUCGCUCCCGACCUGCCGCCCGUCUCCCGCCUCUGCUUCGGGACGAUGACGAUGGGGGAGCAGAGCGGGGCGGCGUGCUCGCUGCGCCUUCUCGACGCCGCCUUCGACGCCGGCGUCAACUUCUUCGACUCCGCCGAGAUGUACCCGGUCCCACAGCGCAGUGUCACGCGCGGGCGCAGCGAGGAGCUCCUCGGCCGCUGGCUGCGGGCCCGCGGGGCCCCGCGCGACCAAGUCGUCCUCGCCACCAAGGUCGCCGGGCCGUCCGGCCAGAUGACGUGGAUCCGCGGCGGGCCGACGUCCCUGGAUUCGCGAAACAUCACAGAGGCAAUCGAUGAUAGUUUGCGCAGGCUGGGUGUGGAUUACAUCGACCUCUACCAGAUACACUGGCCCGAUCGUUACGUGCCUAUGUUUGGGGAGACAGAGUACGAUCCGAGACGCCAGUACGCGUCUGUUCCAAUAGAAGAACAACUAGAGGCUCUUGGAAGAGCCAUAGAUGCUGGCAAGAUCAGGUACAUUGGCCUUAGCAAUGAAACACCAUAUGGCCUGAUGAAGUUCCUUCAGCUGAGUAAAGAUUUUCAGUUGCGUUCUAAGCUACUGACAGUGCAAAACUCAUACAACUUGCUGUGUCGAAAUUUUGAUUCUGGAUUGGCAGAAUGCUGCCAUCACGAGGGAAUCAGCUUGCUGGCUUACAGCCCAAUGGCAAUGGGUAUACUUUCUGGAAAGUAUCACACAUCUGAUGACUGCGGCCCACCAGAUGCAAGGAUGAAUCUUUUCAGAGGGAGAUACUCUGAAGGCGAAUCCCGAUACAAACUUCAGAGCCCCAAAGUGAAAGAAGCUGUGAAGGACUACACACAUAUUGGUGCUAAAUAUGGCAUUUCUCCAGCAAUCCUAGCGAUUGCGUUUGUCUUGAGACACUCCCUUGUGGCAUCAGCUAUUUUCGGUGCUACUAAAUUAUGGCAGCUUGAUGAAGUUCUUCAGGCUGCUAGGCUCCAUUUCCCCGAGGAAUUUCUUGCUGAGAUCAAUGACGUUCAUGCAAGAUACCCUAACCCUUGCCCAUAACAUUCCUAGUACGGAUCAUUUUAUUUUUGCUGGUUGCAAUGUCCAUGUAAUUGGAUGGAGCAACAAUUGUCAUUCUUUCUAGCCUUGUCAAUGUUGUCAUGAAAAGAUAUGAAUAAACUGUUUUACCAGUCA